GCGCCGCCGUGUUUGCGGUCGCGAUGGAAACGCGGCCAUUUCGUUGUGUGGCAGCGCGGACAUUUCCUCCUGCUUGAAAUGAACCCCGAAUUAUGUCUCUAUCUUCCCGAAUAAAGACCUUUAUAUCCAUCCUUUCCCACACCCCCAACUCCACUAUCACGACUGCUCUCCCGUCUUCUCCAGGCCCGGGCGGUGUUAGUACAGUCAAUGCGCCGCCAUUACCAGACUGCGGCCCUCGCCUCUCCUCGGCGGGUAGCGCACACUAAGCGAGGUUCAGGCUUCCGUCGCGGCCCAGGUUGAGGCACCCCGGGGCGACGACAAUGUUUCACCGACACCAAGCUGUGGACACGCCGGGACCCCGAGGUCGCUGGCCGCCGUGGCUUGGAGCUGCCAGGCUGCUGAAGGCGAACGCGGCCUUCGUCUCCCUCGCCGCGCUCUGUUGGCUCACCGGGGCCCAGGAGGCCUUGUCCCUGAGUGCCGGCCCUGUCCUCGGCCGGCGCCAAGUGUACCGUUUAUUGAGCUACUGUAUCUGUCAUGAUAAUAUAUUGACUUUGCUUGUCAACAUUGCCUUGUUGGUUGUCCUGAGCAGCCGGCUGGAGGAACAGUUGGGUACCAUUCGAUACUUUUAUCUCGCCAUUAUUUUUGCCACCCUCUCUGCACUUCUUUAUCUGCUUCUGGGCAAACUAUUACGACUUGAAGAAACACCAGUGUGUGGUUUCACAACUGUUCAGUUUGCCAUGGUGACACUAAAGUGCUAUAGCUCUGAAAUGAAACGGACCUUCGGGGUAACAAGAAUCAAUGCAGCAGCAGUACCUUGGAUAUUACUCCCAGUUGCCUACAUUGUUAUACCAAGUUCAUCAGUAUAUCUCCAUAUAUGUGGAGUAAUUGUCGGCCUGCUCUAUAGUUAUAGGUUUUUGUUCUGGUUGGAGUUGCCAGACUUUGCAAUAGAACAUGUGGAAAGACUGGCUGCCUGUUGGUAUCUGCACCAUAAUGCCUGGAUUCCAUUUAUCUUCUCUCCAGUACAAUAUCACCUCCCUGUUCAAAGUAAUACUGAGAGGUAUCCUGUGACUGAGGCCACCCAAACCCACACAUCCUCUCAAGUAAAUUUUACAGCAACGAGUGAUCAUUUUAAAAAGGAAAACAAAAGCUGCAACAUUGAAAUAGAUUCUCAGUGGAUUGAAAUCUCUAACCAGAUACUGCCUCCUUCACAACCUCACACAGGAUCAAUGGGAGCCAGUAACUUCCAAGCAGAAUCUCAUAAUCCAUGUAGUUCCGCAUGUUCUGACCUGCUGGAUCCUAGCCAUUGUUUCUCUGAAUAUUAUCGCAUGAAUCCAGAUGAUAUUUCUGCUGCAGCUGCGUAUGGCCUGCUCACAGAUGAGGAUCUUUUACGUGCUAGUAUUGCUGCCUCCUUGAAAGAAGCUAUAAUGGAUCAGAACAGUAAACUGGAAGUACCCAAGUCUUCAGUGUCUUCCCUGCGACUGCAGCAACUGCAGCAGAUGGGUUUUUCUACGGAGAAGGCUGUUUUAGCUCUCGCCGCUUCAGGAAAGAUGGAGGGUGCCAUCAACCUCCUGGUGGAAGACCAAGUUGGAGAGGACGCCAUCGUGACAACGAAGGGUAAAGUGAUAUCCAAUUAAAUAUCAGUGAUACUGCAACAUGACAAAAUAUCUCCUGAUUCCUGAAAAGAGAUUUAAACAUAGACAUUUAAUGCUUCUUUUGUAUUGGUUACUGUAAAAUACUUUUUGUGUAGACUUGCAUAUAAAUAACAUAAACUUAAAUAAUCAUGC